GUGUGAAAAUAUCCUGAAAGAUCCAGAAAUCCACCCUGGACAUUUUGGCAGGUCUCAGGUCGUUGGUGGACCUGGACCAGGCUUUCAUAUCAUUUAUUUCAGGUUUUGCUUACAUACCAUAACAUAUUUCAGAACAUUUUGAAGAACAUUGAAAGUCCUUUCAAAAGCCUGGAGAACCAUUGAUCAGGAUGAUAUUGGCAUUUGAAAGAAAAACCAUCAACAUGUGACAAACUGGAGGUUUUGGACAUUUUUGAUUAUCCUAUAAAUCAGGGGUCUCAAACUCCUCCAGGCCCGCUGCCCCGAAACCUUUAGAUGAGCCUCUGCUGCAACAUCUGAACAGAAUAAUGAGGUCAUUAAGGUUCUGGAGAACUGAUCCACAGAGGAGAGAUCCGUUUCAUUCCAGUGUUUUGUUCCUGUGGCUCAUCUAAAACCUGCAGGACAGCGACUGGAGGCCUGGAGUUUGAGACCCCUGCUAUAAAUAUUCUCUAAUAAGUGAUUUAAUUGCCUUAUUUUUCUCAGAUUUAUUCCACCGGCAUGUUUAUUUAAAAUUCACAGUUGAGCAUGUUCACUCUGUCUUGUCAACCGUUGUGUUUAAUGACUGUUUGGCUUUGUCAUAGUGUUCAACUACCGCUGAUGGAGGCAUAAAGGCUGUGAUAAGAACGUGAACUUUGACUCUGCUUCAGAUAAAUAAUGUGGUAAACAUGGUCAUCACCUCAAUAAAUCCCAUAAAUCUCACCUGCGUCUGCAUCAGGGGAUGCAUUGUUGUCCAUCUGUAGUUUGAAGAAAGGGAACCAUAACGAGAACCAACCUGCUGAACCCAACCAACAUUAAAGCAGCAGCUAUUAGUCUGGAGUCCAGUCAGGAGGCCGGCUCGGUUCUCUAGCCAACACCUCCUGUUUGGAUCGCUUUCAGGGAAAAACAUUUCCUGGUAUCUCAGGUUCCCUCUAAUAAAAGGCCUCAGAGAUUUUCUGCUCCAUUUUCUUUACCAAAAGCGUCCAACGUGACCGUCACAGGAACUUUCUCUCCGUCAUAAAACUGUUAGAGCAACUUUGUGCCACAAACACGUCUCCCUGUCCAAGGGCCCAGCCUCCUGUCACCGACCAUCACCGAGGUCACGUUUACUGCUUUACUGCCCGGCCCUCCAGGCCACUCUGACAGCAUGCGCUUCCUAACCGCUCAGAUUAUUCUGAAUCAUUUCACUUAAGGGCCCAGAUGCUACCUGUCUGUUGGCCUUUGCUGAGAGGGUGAUUAAGGCCGGCUGGUGUGGGGUAAAUGCGCCAUACUUCUGCCUGAGUGGCUACGUCUCCUUAUCUGUCAUCAUGUCGUGUGCACCUCGCCCCCAACGCGCCCACUUUGUGGCCACCGCCUCCUUUGUUGCUGUUGUCACCCGACGGUGGAGUUUUUACUUCUGCGUCAGAAAUGAGUGUGCACCAUGGAGGAAGAGCUCGGCCCGCCCUCCAUCGCUGACCAGCAGAACGUGAGCGCAGACGACACCAGGAUGGAUGUCCAGGUGGUCUGCUUGGCUUAGACGCUCCUGUUUGAUCGGCCAUGGUAAACCAAGAGAAGUCUUGGUUCUUCAGCAGACUCGUCUAAAGAGAUGGAUCUUACAGUCUUAGACUGCGUUGCUCUUUCAGUUUACAGCUUCACCUUCCUCCUGGGACUUCCUGCCAACCUGCUCGUCUUCUUCGUCUACAUCCGUAAGGCUCGAAAACACGGUGCCACGCCCAACGUGGUCUACGCCCUCAACCUGUGUCUGGCCAACCUGGCACUUGUAGCCUGGAUGCCUGUAAAGGUUCUAGAGACGGUACUAAAGGACUGGAUGCUGCCACCACCCUUGUGCCCGGUUUACAGCUUCUUCCUCUACUCCUCUCUGUAUGUCAGUUGCCUCUUCAUCACCGCUGUCACGAUUGGGCGAUACCUCAGCAUUGCUUACCCCAUCAUCUACAAGAGAUACCGCCGUGCCAGACUGUCCUGCUACAUCUGCGUCGCCUUGUGGGCAGUAGUGAUGGUGCAUCUUGGGCUUAGCCUGAUGGCUGAAGGUGGGGCUUACUUCAUUGGUGUCCAGGAUGAAAUCUCUGCCUGUUACGAACAUUUCAACGCAACGCAGCUGAAGAUCCUGCUUCCUCUUCGCUUGGAGAUGGCCAUCGUCUUGUUCAUUUUGCCUCUGAUUGUCACUUCCUUUUGCACGCUGCGCUGCGUCACUCUGGUGUGGCGCUCAAAUUUGCCUCCUUUGGGUAAGAGGAGAGUCCUGGCAGUGGCCCUGUCCACAUUGGCUGUAUUUGUGAUCUGCUAUGCCCCCUACAACUCCUCGCACAUCGUAGGAUUUGUUCAGCAGGAAAGCAUUAAAUGGAGGACAACAGCAAUGCUGACGAGUUCCUGCAACGUCUUCCUGGAGCCAGUGGUGAUGCUGAUGCUUUCACCUGUUGGGUCGAGGGGCAUCCUGAGAAGAAUCUGUGGCCAGCAGAGUCACCUCAGGUGGAGCGAUGGGUGUCGACAUCGAGCCAAACCCACCAGCGGGUUUGCAAAUACCAAGGUUCCACCUAUAACAUCUGCCAACAUGCGGGCGGAGGCCGAGGUGACGAGAGAAAGUCAAGGAUUGGACGGCGAACCAAACAAAUCCACCAUCUUUCAUCUCCAGGUCUGAGCCAGCACAGAUUUGGGAACUUUAUUGUUCCCAGUCAUGUUUCUUGUAGCUUCCAUCCAAAUGUUUCUGUGGAUGAAAGAAACUGGUGAACAUGACAGAGUGAGGACUCAUGAUUUCACCAGUUUUCCUCAAGUCAAAGUUUUUACCAUGACUCUUUUAUUCCCUGAGAGCAACAAACUGUUAUUCCUCAGAAACGAAUCUUUAGGAUGGAUUUAAAGUUGAAUUUCUACAAACAUUAAGCCUUUUUUUAAAGCAGUGAUUUGAUCAUUGAUCAUUUGAUUAUCAGGCAAACUGAUCUGUUUGUCGUCCAACGAGCAGUUACUGAAAUGUUCAUUUCUCUUUUAUAACUGAGCUACAUAAAACACCCUUAAGUCAAAUUUCAAAGGUUUAACUACAAUUUAAUGUCUAAAACCAAUUAGUUCCAUUAAUAUGUAAAUAAAUGUUUCUCAAUCAUGAGACAUAAAGUUUUUCUCAGAAACCUUGUUUGUUUUUGAACUAUUGUUGGAUUCCAAGAGUAAACAGGAAGGAUUUUUAAAACUAUUUUUAUUGAACUGGAUGUUUUCUGUUAAACCCCUUAAUGGUUGAAUUUUACAACUGAUGCAUUAAAAAUUAACUGAAUUAAAUAAAAUUAAGUCUUUUGUGUGUUGUCUUCAUUUUGAUCCCAAUAAAAUCUGAUGCUGGAUUUGUGUUUUUUCAUUUUUAUCUUAUUUGAUCUACAUUAAGAUUGUUGUACUUUAGCUCAUUUUUAUUUUACCUCAGUUGAGUUUUGGAUUACUGCAUCUUACUUUAACUUGGAUAAUCAUAGUUUAUCGGAAAUUGAGC